AUGCCCGCUGCCAUGCCGAGUAUGCCUGCUAAGCAGCAAGAUAUCACGUCGAUGUUAUCUGGGCUGGACUUCACCACGCCUGCCCCAGUUGAAGAGACCUCCCCACCAGUGGAGGCAACACUUGAGCCGACACCAACCGAAGAGGAGAAGGCCGACGCUGGAGACUUGUGGUCCUCCAACAUGGUCAACCUCAACUUGAAAGCUGAAGACAAGAUGCCGGUGCAACGCUCUGCCAAGAGCUACCAGACGCUGGAGCAGGCUCGACAGCUUGCUCCCAAGGAGAAGGUUCAGGUUCUGCCGACACCUCCCCCUAUGGCGUUCCCGACAACAAUGUACAACGCCACACAGGCACCAGGCGGCUUCUACGGCGGGAUGGCCCCCGCCCAACCGAUGAUGUACAACACGGUCGGUAGCGUUGGAGCUUUCGGUAUGGCACCUGCUCCUAUGGGCUUCGGUGGCCCGCAAACUAACGCUAUGCCAUCGUACGGAGGGUUCGGAGGCCCACAGGCUUCCCCAUUCAUGACGGCGGCUCCAAUGAACGCACCGCCGAGGCAGACAUCAAUGCAAAACUUCGGUAACGACCCGUUCGCCACGCUCUCGUAG